UCAUAGUUUCAUAAACUUGGACAAUCAAAUUAAUUGGCGCUUCCCUCUCCUCCCUUACACACUUCGUCACUUGCAAAGACUCGCCGACUGCCGCCCCACUCACGCCGUCAAGCUUCAACCAAUUGCUGCAAUAAACCAGCGUUCAAAACCAAACAAAACCACAGAUUAUUGAAGAAGUGGUGGCUUUUGCUCGUUGAUCAUGGCACAAGUUGAGCCUGUCAAUUCGCACUUAGAACCUGUACAGGCUAACGUUACACCGAGGAGACCCAGGAUCCUUCUUGCUGCUAGUGGAAGUGUUGCUGCGAUCAAGUUUGGGAACCUGUGUCAUUGCUUUUCUGAAUGGGCUGAUGUGAAAGCAGUGGCCACGAAAUCUGCUUUGCAUUUCAUUGACAGUGUGACAAUUCCAGAGGAUGUAAUUCUGUACACGGAUGAGGAUGAAUGGUCUAGUUGGAGUAAAAUUGGUGAUAAUGUUCUGCACAUUGAGCUGCGUAAGUGGGCUGACCUCAUCGUUAUUGCCCCUCUUUCAGCAAAUACUCUCGGCAAGAUUGCCGGGGGAUUAUGUGACAAUCUGCUUACGUGUGUUAUACGAGCAUGGGACUACAACAAACCCUUAUUUGUUGCCCCGGCUAUGAACACCUUCAUGUGGAAUAAUCCAUUCACAGAGAAGCAUCUUCUGUCAAUCGAUGAGCUUGGCAUUACUCUGAUUCCUCCAGUUACAAAGAGAUUGGCUUGUGGAGAUUAUGGAAAUGGAGCUAUGGCCGAACCAUCUCUCAUAUAUAAGACCAUACGGUUGUUCUUGGAGUCUCAUCCGCUGUCUGCUGGCUCAAAUGUAUAGUAUUGCACAAGUUAUGUUUCUUUUACCAUGUGUGAGGAUUUCGGAAGUAAUUAUGCUUCCAUUGUAUAUUGUGGUUAGGUGUGUGAAUGUUUGUUUCCAUGACACUAGGUAUUUUGAUUAAGCAGAGCAGGUUGUGGAGCUUUCUUUUGGCUGAUUAAAAGCCUCUUUUGUUCUUGUUGGAGAUGUCACAGGUCAAAUGGUUAUGUUUUAAGCA